CGUAGUGUUGUCAGUUUGAUGACGACUACCUACCCGCCUUCCCACGGUUCAUCACUUAAAAAGUUUAACUGACCAAGUUAUUGAUCAACUCGACUAAAUCCAUCAUCUCAUUAUCACAUUCACUUUUUAUUAUGCAUCUGGUGAUAAAGGCUUGGAUUGUUUGAUAAACCAGAAACUCCCGAUUUGAUGAUGCCUGCGUCUUCUUAGUCGACCAGCCUUUCGUUAUCCGCGAAUGUGUCAUCUCGUAUUCAUUAAUCUCUCAACCUAAACCGUUUCACCUUCCCAUCCAUCACCAUGCCGGAAGAAGAGACGUCACCUUUGCUUUCAGCGGCGAUGAAGGGGAAACAAGCGUCUAAUGAGCGGGCUAGCUCUAGCGAGUCAACUCCGCUCCUCUCGAAUUCUACAGAUACCCCGCGUUAUGAUGGAGCUGCCGACGAGCACGAUGGAGAUGACGCUGUUUCUACUCGAUCCCAACCUGCCGGAUCAUCUACGCCUCCUCGUUCGGAUCGAAAGUCGUGGAGAUGGGCGUCGUGGAUUGCGAUGGGUCUCCUCGGAGCAUUCGUCAUCGCUAUUAUUGUUCUUGCAUUCAUCGUGCCCGAAGCAGUUCAAGAGUAUGCUCAACAAGCUACCGUUAUCGAACCCACCAACCUCGCCCUCGAAUCCAUCACAACGAACGGCGUUCGAGCUCGGAUACAAGCCAAUUUCCAUCUAGAUGGGUCGAAGGUUAGCAAUGAUCAUGUCCGAAGAGUAGGAAGGGCCGCUACGUGGGUGGCGUAUCAACUUGAGAGCGCUGAGACGAAGGUCGAUGUGCGCCUUCCCGACUAUGAUAACGUACUACUUGGAAGCGCUGUUAUCCCAUCUCUGCUGAUCAACUUGCGAGAUGGCGAUGUGACCAAUUUUGAUUUCGUUACGGAGAUCUCGGCUGGAGACGUGGAAGGUAUCCGCAUAAUUGCGAACGAAUGGUUAGAAGGCAGACUGGAACAGUUGCGCUUGAACGGAGCGGCCAACCUCAGCCUCAAAUCCGGCUUCGUCCCUCUCGGAACCCACGCCAUCUCCGAGUCGCUUGUAUUUGAAGCGAACAAGAUUCCUGCAAUGCCAAAGUAUAAUAUCACUCGUUUUAACGUCGAGGACGGCCCGAUGAACGGAUCAAUGCUAGCUGAUGUAUCGUUGACGGCCUUGAACGAAUAUCCGGUCGAACUUGAUAUACCCGAACUUGCAUUUGAUAUUUUAGUACCCGGUUGCGCCAUCUCGGAUCAGUCUAUCCUAGUGGCACAGGCGGCUACGAGUGAUGUUCAUGUCCACCCACACUCCGAAGUUGAAGUUGAAGUCAAAGCCGUAAUCCGCGAGCUACCUGAUACUUUAACCAAUGUUUGCCCGGAUUCUACUUCUUCGCCGCUAGACAAUUUGCUCCGACAGUACAUGCAUGGCGAACCUGCGACUUUCUUUGUUCGCGGGAGCCAUCAUCCCGAUGGUGAUACGCCAAAAUGGAUCGCAGACAUAUUAUCGAGUGUUACUGUUCCCGUCCCAUUUCCCGGGCGGACUUUAGACGGCUUGAUUAGGAACUUUUCGUUAACCGAUGUUCACUUCUCUCUACCGAAUCCAAACGCCGGACCCGAUGACCCAGACUCAAACCCAAUGGUCUCGGGCAAUAUUUUAGUUACCGCAGACAUUCCUUCUGAGAUGAAUUUCGGCUUAGACGUGACGGAUGUCCGCGCUACGGCGGACGUGCUCUAUAAAUCAAAGAAAAUGGGAGAGCUUAAUUUACAAAAAUGGCAGGCUGCUAAUUCUACUAAGGUCAAAGGCACGGAGGACGAAGGACCUAUGCUGAAAAUCCAAUCUCGAAUUAUCGAUGCGCCCCUCAACGUAACCGACGGUGCUGUAUUCGCCAGCGUUGUUCAGGCACUGCUAUUCGGCAGUGCACCUAUCCGCUUGCAUGUCGACGCCUUAGUUGAUAUCAAGGUGCAUACCACGCUAGGUAACCUCACGCUAAAAGAGGUACCUGCGGAGGGCAAAAUCCCAGUAAAACCCCUCCCGAAGGGCACCGUUGGUAGUAUCGCUCCAAAGGUCGGGUCGCUACGAAUUCUGGAUACGACAUCGGAUUCAAUAACGUUGCAAGCCUUGGUCAAUGUCACAAACCCAACACCGUAUACAGCCCAUAUGCCAUAUGUCAACGUUCACGUUCUUAAUAAUGGAUCAAUCCUCGGGAGCGCUACGGUAGAAGAUCUGGAUAUCGUGAAAGGCCCCAAUUCUAACCUACUCGUCACUGCAAAAUGGAAUCCACCGAUGGGCGGCGAUCACGGCCGAAAAAUUGGGCGAGAUUUAAUAUCGAAAUAUCUUUCAGGUUGGAACACGAGCAUCACACUAAGGCCUCAUCGACAUAGUAUCCCAGGUCAGCGCAUCAUUUGCGAUGCUUUGUCGCAAUUCAACGUGACACUUGCCGCCCCUAGACUGGACCUGCCUGGCGACACACCCGAGGAAAGGUCACACUUUAUUAGAGAUGCCACCUUCCACUUCUUUUCGUCGACGGCCACAUUUACUCUCGUUUCGCCACUACACUUUAAUACUUUGUACCUAGACUUCGUCAACGCUACAGCACUGUACAAUCACACCGAACCGAUAGGACAAAUUGUCUACGACUUGCCAUUCUCCGCACCUCCUGGUAAGUCGGUGACGCCAAAGUUACCUGUUGACUGGUCGCCCGAAUCGGUGGGUUACGAUGCGAUUAGGAAGGCCAUCGGCGGGACAUUAAAGCUGGACGCAUAUGCCGACGUCGACAUGCGUUUAGGGAACUGGAAGGAGACGUUAUGGUACCAAGGCAAAGGUAUCGGUGCCAGCGUGCAGUUAUAGUGUUUGACGAGUCGAGGUCUGGCGUUUUAAAAGGGACUGGCAGGCAGGUUGUUAAGACGGAUUGGAUGGGAACGGCGCAAUUUGUUAUUUUGUGACGAAGACAGUAUGAGAAUUUAUAUGAAAUGCACAUAUAUAUCGUACAUAACUGAUCUCAUUUGGCGUAUGGUUUGGAAUAAUGGUUUUAUCACAGAAUCUAACAAUGCUCUUGCCAUCCUCUCAAGGAGAAUGAAUGAUUAAAGGAGCAUAGCGGUGUGCUGACUAAGAUCAUUAUGACAUAAUUUGGCAUACAGACCCUGGUACUAGGUACCGAUCUAAAAGCUCAAUCUCUGCA